AAUAAUUGACCGCUCUUCCACGUUUUUAUUAAUCAAUUUAAUGUAGUUACAAACGCAUUUUAAUAUGAUUUAUGAUGUCACUAAAUCAUAAUACAGUAAUUUUCAUCCUAUCAAACAUGAGUCAACUGAAUCCAAUUGACUGAAAAUGUAUUUUAUGGGACUUAAUUUUAUUUCAAGGAACUUCAGCACCGGAGCUCGUACAGUUCUGACGGAGGCGGGACUUGCCUGUCGUCAGUUUUCAAACAUCCAAUCAAAGAACGAGAUUUUACGUAGCAACACCAAUGAGCACCAAGGGGCUGCCUGGUUGCGAAGGUAGAGGCAAAGUAGUGUUUCCACUGACUGACUGCCUGGCUGGCUGUGCUGGCUUCAUGUUGGCAACCGAAGUGGCAACAUACGGGCACGUAAAAAUGUCGGUGCCGUGUGUGAUAAAACCUUUAAGUUCGUACCAAGGAUUAUUUGUUUAAUGUAUUAUUUUUUUAUCCUUUUCGGUCAAUCGAACCUCGGAACCUCGCCGGGAAUCGACGAUCUGAACUGGAGCCCAAAGAAAUCAUCACAAUGCCAUCGCCGAUGGAGGGACCGUCCAGAGAGUGUGACCUCUUUACGGUGAAACAUGAGCUGAGGAACGCCAACUUGACGGGCCACGUGGAACGGGUGGGAAUAGAAAACUUUGAGCUGCUCAAGGUGCUUGGCACUGGAGCGUACGGCAAGGUGUUCCUGGUGAGGAAGGUGAGCGGCCACGACGCGGGCAAGCUGUACGCCAUGAAAGUCCUGAAGAAGGCCACCAUCGUGCAGAAGGCCAAGACGGCGGAGCACACGCGCAGCGAGCGUCAGGUGCUGGAGCACAUCCGCCAGUCGCCCUACCUCGUCACGCUCCACUACGCCUUCCAGACCGACACCAAGCUGCACCUCAUUCUCGAUUACGUCAAUGGCGGCGAGCUCUUCACGCACCUGGUGCAGCGGGUGCGCUUCAAGGAGCAGGAAGUGGCGCUGUACAGCGGCGAGAUCGUGCUGGCGCUGGAGCAUCUCCACAAGCUCGGGAUCGUGUACCGCGACUUGAAGCUGGAAAACAUAUUGCUGGAUUCAAACGGUCACAUCGUCCUCACAGACUUUGGCCUCAGUAAAGAAUUUGAUCAGGUGGAUCGAGCCUUUUCUGUGUGCGGCACUAUCGAGUACAUGGCUCCUGAGAUUGUGGAAGGAGGCGAGUCCGGACAUGACAAGGCGGUGGACUGGUGGAGUCUGGGCGUUUUGAUGUACGAACUUCUGACCGGCGGCUCGCCCUUCACCGUCGACGGUGACGAGAACUCGCACACAGACAUCGCCAGGAGGAUUCUAAAAAAAGAUCCUCCUUUCCCCAAAGACAUGGCGCCACUGGCCAAAGACAUCAUCCAGCGGCUGCUCACCAAAGAUCCCGAGAAGAGGCUCGGCUCAGGUCCAAACGGGGUGGAGACUGUCAAGAAGCAUCCAUUUUACCAGAAGAUCAACUGGGAGGACCUGUCGGCCAAAAAGGUGCCCGCCCCAUUCAAACCGGUCAUCCGGGACGAGUUGGACGUCAGCAACUUUGCGGAGGAGUUCACGGAGAUGGACCCCACCUACUCGCCCGCCGCUCUGCCGCAGAACUGUGACCGCAUCUUCCAGGGGUACUCUUUCAUGUCCCCCUCCAUCCUGUUCAAGAGGAACGUGUUGAUGGACGACCCCGUCCAGCUGUGCGGUGGCUCCGAGCGGCCCGGGUCGGUGGCAGUGGCCCGCAGCGCUAUGAUGAAGGACUCGCCUUUCUAUAUGAGCUACGAGAUGGACCUCAAGGACAGCGCUUUGGGCGAGGGGAGCUUCUCCAUCUGCAGGCGCUGCACGCACAAGAAAACUGGGCAGAAAUACGCCGUCAAGAUAGUCAGCAAGCGGAUGGAGGCGCAGACUCAGCGGGAAAUCGCCGCUCUGAAGCUCUGUGACGGCCACCCAAACAUUGUCAAGAUGCACGAAAUUUACCACGACCAGAUCCACACCUAUCUGGUCCUGGAGCUGCUCGGCGGAGGGGAGCUGCUGGAGCGCAUCCGCCGCAAGCGGCACUUCAGCGAGACGGAGGCCAGCGGCAUCAUGCGCAAGCUGGUGUCGGCGGUCAGCCACAUGCACGACGUCGGCGUGCUGCACCGGGAUCUCAAACCGGAGAACCUGCUCUUCACUGACGAGAGCGAGAGCUCCGAGAUCAAAAUCAUCGACUUUGGCUUCGCUCGCCUCAAGCCGCCCGACAAUCAGCUCCUGAAGACGCCGUGCUUCACCUUGCAGUACGCCGCGCCCGAGAUCCUCAAGUACGACGGCUACGACGAGUCGUGCGAUCUGUGGAGCCUGGGCGUCAUUCUGUACACCAUGCUGUCUGGCCGGGUGCCUUUCCAAUGUCAGGAGCAGAGCCUGACCCACACCAGCGCCGAGGAGAUCAUGAAGAAAAUCAAACAGGGGGACUUCUCCUUUGAAGGCGAGGCCUGGAGGAACGUGUCGCAGCAGGCCAAAGAUCUCAUCCAAGAGCUGCUCACCGUGGACCCGAGCAAGCGGAUCAAGAUGUGCGGCCUCCGCUACAACGCUUGGCUCCAGGGCGACAGCCAGCUGUCUUCCAACCCGCUCAUGACGCCGGACAUCCUGGGCUCGUCCACCGCCUCGGUCCACACUUACGUCAAAGCUACCUUUAACGCGUUCAACAAAUGCAAGCGGGAAGGCUUCCGCCUGCAAACGGUGGAUAAGGCGCCGCUGGCUAAGCGGCGGAAGAUGAAGAAAACCAGCACCAGCACCGACACGCGCAGCAGCUCCGGCGAGAGCACCCACUCCUCGUCGUCCUCGUCGCAGUCGCAGGAGAAGAGCUUUGCCGAGGGGAGCCACCAACCCGCCGAGGGCACGCCGGGCACCACGCCCGUCGGCACGCCCACCGCAACCGACUCGGGGCGGCAGCAGGAGCAGCAGGAGCAGCCGGCGCCUCCCGCCUUUAACUUUUCCGACGGGAAGUGACCACUCUCUUUUCUCCUUUUUUUUUUUUUUUAAAUUGCAUGACAAGCAUGCAACAAGGAGCAGCAACCUCAAUAUCAAGCAAACCUCCUCUAGCAAUAGCUCGUCACCACGUAGAUACAAAAAACACACACACACACACAAACAUAAACUCAAAAACACACACACAUACACAAAGACUGCAACACAUUCACACACACACACACAAUCAAGGACAGGACCAGGAAGGAGUUGUCACAGGGCAAAAAAAAAAAAAAAAAAACAACGCAAGGGCUGCCCUCCUGUCCCGACAUUUCCAGCUUGUAAGCCCCUCCCCCCAACCCCAGUCUUGCGCGAUGGUCCCCGAAAGGUCCAAAGGAAA